GGUCAAACGCGCCAAUGGGCACAGGGCAGGUUCGUUACCAAUGAGAUCAAAGAGUUAGUGGAGCAGCGACACACUAUUGGCGAAUCCGCCUGUCGGUCAUCGGCCCCGGGGCCGGCGGUUGGCUGCUGGGGAGCAGGGGGAGGUUUCCGGGGGCGGGGACACUAUAUUAGGGGCGGACAAAGGCGGCGGCCAGGCCGUUCAGCUCGCCGCCAUUUUGCGUAGCGGGUGCUGAGCGGCAGCGGCCGGAGCGCGCUCUCUGCUCUUCUCCUCCUCCCUCCACUCCAUCAUGUCGCGGGAUCGCUUCCGUAGCCGUGGCGGCGGCGGCGGCGGCUUCCACCGGCGCGGCGGUGGCGGCGGCCGCGGCGGCCCGAACCACGAUUUCCGCUCGCCGCCGCCCGGCAUGGGCAUGGGGCAGAACCGCGGCCCCAUGGCGGGCGGCCCGCAGGGCCCGGGCGGCCCGCCGGGCGGUGGCCCGAAGCCCGAACCGCCGAAGCCGCCCACGUCCACCUCUGCUCCCCCUUCUUCGUCUUCUUCAGCCGCCGCCACCACGGCAGGAUCCACCGGCAGCCAGGCUGGAGCGCCUCCAUCCUCCGCACUGCCCGCAGGACAGCAGCCGCAGCAGCAGCCGCCGGUGUCGGCGCCCUCCUCGACUCCCUCCGGCCCGCAGCCGCAGUCCAAGCCCAGCCCGAGCCCUACGCCGGCCGGCGGCCCUAAGAAAGGACAAGGACAGUCUCCCGGCGGUGGCCCCAAGGGGCCGGGCGGCCCGCAGCAGGGGCCUCACAAGGGCGGCCCGGGGCACCGCGGCGGGCCUGGCGGAGAGCCGCGGGGUCGCGGGCAGCAGCACCAGGGCCAGCAGAGCCUCGGGGCGCAGCAGGGCUCGGCGGAGAGGAGCGAGAAGCUCUCGGACGAGGGGUUUAAAGCGAACCUCUCCCUCCUGAGGCGGCCUGGGGAGAAGACUUACACACAGCGCUGCAGGUUGUUUGUUGGGAAUUUGCCCGCUGAUAUCACAGACGAAGACUUUAAAAGACUGUUCGCCAAAUAUGGGGAGCCAGGAGAGGUUUUUAUCAACAAGGGAAAAGGCUUUGGAUUCAUUAAAUUGGAAUCUAGGGCUCUUGCAGAAAUCGCGAAGGCGGAGUUGGACGAUACCCCGAUGCGGGGCCGGCAGCUCCGCGUUCGCUUUGCCACACACGCCGCUGCCCUGUCGGUGCGGAACCUCUCGCCCUACGUGUCCAACGAGUUGCUGGAGGAAGCUUUUUCCCAGUUCGGUCCGGUGGAAAGAGCUGUUGUGAUUGUAGAUGAUCGAGGUAGAUCAACAGGAAAAGGCAUUGUUGAGUUCGCGUCAAAGCCAGCUGCCAGGAAAGCCUUUGAACGGUGUACUGAGGGGGUGUUUUUGUUGACAACCACUCCCAGGCCAGUUAUUGUGGAACCAUUGGAACAAUUGGAUGAUGAAGAUGGUCUCCCAGAAAAGCUUGCUCAGAAGAAUCCGAUGUAUCAAAAGGAAAGAGAGACUCCUCCCCGUUUUGCUCAGCCUGGCAGUUUUGAAUUUGAAUAUUCCCAGAGAUGGAAAUCUUUAGAUGAAAUGGAAAAACAGCAGAGAGAGCAAGUGGCAAAAAACAUGAAAGAUGCCAAGGACAAACUUGAAAGUGAAAUGGAAGAUGCUUAUCACGAGCACCAGGCAAACCUCCUUCGUCAAGACCUCAUGAGGCGCCAGGAGGAGCUGAGGCGAAUGGAGGAACUUCAUAAUCAGGAAAUGCAGAAGCGCAAGGAAAUUCAGCUGAGGCAGGAGGAGGAGCGUCGCCGGCGGGAAGAGGAGAUGAUGAUCCGUCAGCGGGAGAUGGAAGAGCAGAUGAGAAGGCAGAGGGAAGAGAAUUAUAGUAGAAUGGGUUACAUGGAUCCAAGGGAGCGAGACAUGAGAAUGGGUGGUGCUGCCACAAUGAACAUGGGAGAUCCUUAUGCUUCAGCAGCCCAGAAAUUCCCACCUCUGGGAGGUGGUGGCGGCAUAGGUUAUGAAGCUAAUCCAGGAGUUGGCCAAGCAGCCAUGAGUGGUUCUAUGAUGGGAAGUGACAUGCGUCCUGAACGCUUUGGGCAGGGAGGUGCGGGGCCCGUGGGUGGCCAGGGUCCCAGAGGAAUGGGGCCUGGAACACCAGCAGGAUAUGGUAGAGGGAGAGAAGAAUAUGAAGCCCCAAACAAAAAGCCCCGAUUUUAGAUGUGACCUGUAGUUUCAUUCCAGUUUGUUUUUUGUCUGUCUUGUUUAGACACCAACUUCUUAAUUCUUGCAUUUUAGUAAGAAAGCUACGUUUUUAUGGAUGUUAGAAACUUACUGACCUAAUAUUUGUAAGUGGUCUGUUUGGGCGAGUACAAUUUAAUUAUGUAAUGCAGUGUUUCAAAAUCAAAUUUAGCUGUUUUUUUGAUGUAUAACGUCCCUAACUUGAUGGCAGUGUACCUUGUGCCACUGAAUUCCCAAAGUGUACCAACCUUUUUUUUACUGUGCUUCAAAUAAAUAGAGAACUAAAUGUAGUAACUCUUCUUGCCAGUCGUGGUUAAACAAUUGAGGCUGAAUCCCACACCUGCUGCAGUAACCCGAGAGCCUUGAGUCGAGGUUGGACUAGACCAGGGUGUGGAACUGCAGCGAAGAGUGAGAUCUCUUCCCACAAUGCCUCUCUAGCUAAAGAUUGGGUUAAAUUGUAGCCGAACUUUGCAGUAGAUGCAGAUUUUUUUGAGCAGUCAUUGUGCUGCAAAUAAGGAAGCAAAUGGAAACCUUGCAAGUGCUGUAAGAUACAAUAUUUAAAGCUCCACUGCAAGCAGCAUAGUAACAAAUUCCAUAUUUUAGCUACAGCUGACGGGUGGUGGGAUGGUAGCACUUGCCACCCCGGUAGUCACUGCUUGGAAUCUUUUAAAAACUUAAAGCAGAAGACUAGCAAUGGUUAUUUUAAAAUAAAUUCAUAGAAUGCCUUGCAUUGGCUGACUUCCUAACUAAAGGAUUGUUAAUGUGAUAUUUAUAUGCUCUUAAGCUGUCUUGAGAUCACAGGAUCUGGCCUUUGCUCAGUUUUGUAAACCUGCCUGAAAUUGCUUGGCAAAAAGACCAGAAGUGUUACUCGAGUGAUUAAGGUUAACUUGCUUAUGUCCUCAUGCUAACAGUGGACUAAUUUGCCUAGUUCAGAGUACAAUCAUUUGUAUUAUGGGGACUGCAGGAACUAUUCCUAAAUCGUGUAGCUGGUGGGCAAAUCCUAAAAUCCUGUAUGUAAAACACAGCAAUCAGCUUGCUUGCAUGAUGGUUAUCGCUCUUUUAUUAUUGAUGUUUGGAGAUAAUGCUUCAAAAGUAGUAUCUGAAUCUGGAGUUCAAGAGUUAAUACUACACAGUGCAAAUAAACUCCCUUUAAGGUUCUCUUUGUAGAAGAUCUGAUGAA